UGUAAUAUAGACUGUAUUGGCAGCAUUGAAGAAAAAAACCCAACACAAAACAUGGCAGAUGAAACGAAAAAGGAACCAAAAAUAAUUUUGUACGAAGGAGUUAAUUUCAAGGGGAGAUCCAAAACAUUCACACAGGCUCAUCCAAAUAUGGUAAAUGCUGGAUUCUUUGACUGCGCGUCAAGUGUCAUAGUAGAAGGUGGCGUAUGGGUAUUAUAUCAACACCAUAAUUAUAAAGGAAACAUCUGUGUAGUAAUGGAAGGAGACAGAACCAAUCUUGUGAGAGGUACUCCAACAGAUAAAGAUACCAAGGUUCAUGAAUUUAACGAUUCGCUGUCAUCUCUAAAACCGUUGGAUUUCGAUUGUACCCAAGAACCAAAGAUAACUGUUUACGCUGGCGAUUUUAAUAGCCGUUCAUUAACUUUCACGGAAGACAUUAAAGACUUGAGAUGGUAUAAAAUGAACGACCAAAUAUCCUACAUUAGGGUACACAGUGGGGCGUGGGUUGUAUUCGAGGCCGUCAAUUUCAUGGGACAGCAGUCACUUUUUCUACCCGGAGACCACCUAAUGAAAGCAUCAGAUGGAGCAUUUAGAAAUGAUACAACGUCUUCUCUUAGACCUCUACAAAUUAAGCCAUCUUAUCCAUUAAUCGUGGAUGGCAUGGACUUUCAUCUUGACAGAGUAAGUAAGGACAAAACCCCGAUUACAGUAUUUUCAUGGACACAGAAGAACAACUCGAAAAUCACACAAAAUUUAUCUGUCACAAAAGAAAAGACUGUAACUACUGAAGACUCAUACGAGUUUACUUGGGAUGAAGGAACUAAAAUGACAUCCGAGUAUUCAUAUGAAGCUUCAAUUCCUGGGAUAUUCACUUCAUCUGUUAAGUUAGGGAUCGAAAAACAUUUGAACAUUGGAACAACAAAAGGAAAGAAAACUGAAAAAGCUGAAAAAUGGUCUGUUCAUUACCCAUCAGAAAUACCACCUGAAUCUGAGAUAACAUUGGAAUCCACCAUUUCAAAAGGAAAGAUAGAUGUUCCAUUUACCUGUCGUUUUCACCAAGGAGAGAAAAAAUGGUCAGAAAAAGGCACUUUCCACGGAGUGCAAUACUAUGGCUUUGUUACAGAAUUCAAGCAAAAAUGAAUAUGGCACCAAUUACAACAUGAACUAUAUAACAUUACUACAUUUACGCGUCCUAGUACAUUUUAUUAUUAACACUGGUUAGAACUUUGCUUAGCUUAAAAUCUUAUUUUUCUGUUCAAUUUCAUGCAAUGAAUUAAUUAUCAUUCUGAUUCAUACAUGUAUGUUGGUGACAUUUCAAAUACAUGUAUGCGUAAGAAAUGUUCCCGCGGCCUUCAAAUCUAUUCUUUUUGAAGGUUAGAAUCCAUAACUGACAUUCAUCUUUUGGUUGUGCGCAACUUACACUGACAGACUUUGAUUAAAAUAUUUUUUCUGUUAGAAUACUGAUAACUAUGUUUAUUUUAAGAUUGAAACACAUAUAUGAUAUUUGAGAUCUGUAUACAAUUUAAACUUAUUUCAAAUUGGUUUCAGUUGACACUUAUUCUGAGAAUCUGUAAUUAAUGUAUGUUUUAAACAU